AUGCUGGUAUUAAUCAUUCUUUCCCUUCUAGUCUCAUCAACCAUUGCUCAUCUAGCAGCGCAUGCAAAGGUGGAACCUUCGGCUGGAUGUUUGAUUUGCAAGAGCAGUUUGACUUUCGAAAAUCCAAAAGCAGCUGAAUAUGCAGUUGGAACGAAUAUACCUCUGCUGCCUUUCAAGACAAAGAACUCUUGGGCAGGCAAUAUACCCGUACCAGAUACGCCAACAUUAAAGAACGGAAGCUUAUUCUUUUGGCUAUGGGGUCAAGAUUCUUCUUCUCCAGGAGACGAUUUGAUUAUUUGGCUCAAUGGUGGACCCGGUUGUUCAUCAAUUGGUGGCCAAGUGACAGAGAACGGUCCUUUCCUGAUCCAGAGUUCAAACGAAGGUCCAACAAGACCAAAUCCGUAUAGUUUCACUUUGGCUGCUGAUAUUAUGUGGGUUACUCAUCCAGUCGGCGUUUCAUACACCACUGGCGAUGCAAGAAUUACAAACGAAGAUCAAAUUAGUGAACAAUUUGUGCUUUGGUGGAAGAAUGUUCUAAAAGUGUUCCCCGAACUUGCCACAAAGAAUCUUUAUCUGUUGGGCGAGAGUUUUGGAGGAACGUAUAUCGCAAAUAUCCAUUCGAAGAUGGUUGCGGCAGGCUUCAAGACAUACAAAGGCGGUAUGAUGAUCGAUCCAGUAUUCUCCGAUCGAAUCACACAAAGACAAUUGCCGGUAUACGAAUUCUCAUUAGCAAACCGAAAUAUACUCAAUUUCACCGAUGCAGAACUGGCAGAAAUCAAAGAAGAAUCGGAUAAAUGCGACUAUUCAUUCUUUACCGAUAAGAACCUGCAUUAUCCUCCCAAAGGCAGAGUUCCAUCGCCUAUACCUGGAUGCAAUCCGAGAGAUGUGAUGGAGGAUAUCGCUUAUAACAAGUCUGACACGUUCAAUGUGUAUAACAUCCGCAAGCCUGAUCCAUCCGUCGUGGACGAGAACGCAACAAUGUCAAGGGAUAUCUUUUUGAAUAGUACAGAAGUGCAGACGUAUAUCCACGUUCAAGAACCAGGUGAAUAUGUUCAUUGCCAAAGUGUAUUCCUAAACGAUACUGAUACUAGCGGACCGAUUGAUCGAACACCUUCUUUCGACCAUUCUCUAAUGGCGCAAAUCAUCGAAUCAAGUCAUCAAUUUUACCUUUUGCAUGGUCGAUUGGAUGCGCUCCUCAAAGCAAACGGAACGAGAUUAGCCCUUCAAAAUCUCACUUGGCAUGGCGUUCAAGGUUUCGCAAAACCUCCUUCAACAGUCUUGACAGAUUUGCAAGGCCAUCCACAGGCAAUCGCCACAGAUCUGGAACGUGGUUUUAGGUAUAUCGAAUUAUUCGAAUCCGGUCAUAAAGUUCCUCAAGAUCAACCUUCUUUUGCGCUUAAAGCUCUUUUAGCUUUGAUGGGUAAACAUGCAUGGUAA